UGGAAGCCACAUGUCUGCAGCAGCUGUAUAAAAGUCAACCCACAAACCUAGGGUGACAUUUUUUGCUUCAAUCCAAGCAGCAUGGACCUCACUCUUCUGUGGGUGCUUCUGCCACUGGUCACUGUGGCGUGGGGCCAGUAUGGUGACUAUGGGUACCCAUACCAGCAAUACCAUGACUAUGGUGAUGAUGGUUGGGUGAACCUGAACCGGCAGGGCUUCAGCUACCAGUGUCCCCAUGGGCAGGUGGUGGUGGCUGUGAGGAGCAUCUUCAGCAAGAAGGAAGGUUCUGACAGACAGUGGAACUAUGCCUGCAUGCCCACAUCCCAGAGCCUCGGGGAGCCCACUGAAUGCUGGUGGGAGGAGAUCAACAGGGCUGGCAUGGAAUGGUACCAGACAUGCUCCAACAAUGGACUGGUGGCUGGGUUCCAGAGUCGCUACUUUGAGUCAGUGCUGGAUCGAGAGUGGCAAUUUUACUGCUGUCGCUACAGCAAGAGAUGCCCAUAUUCCUGCUGGCUGACAACAGAGUAUCCAGGCCACUAUGGAGAGGAUAUGGACAUGAUUUCCUAUGACUAUGAUUACUAUAUGAGAGGUGCAACAACCACUUUCUCUGCAGUGGAAAGGGAUCGCCAGUGGAAGUUCAUAAUGUGCCGGAUGACGACUUAUGAUUGUGAAUUUGAAAAUGUUUAGAUUUUCCAACUUCCAAAGCUGGGUGAAGGAAAAGGGGCCAAUAGUUCUGAGGGUAUCACAGACAUUAACUUCAGUUAGAAUGCCUAUAGCUCCUUCUGCUGCUCUCUUUCCUUCUCCCUGAACUGGGAGCUGCUUUGACAGUGGCCUGGGCCUUGCUGACUAGUAAAACCCUUAUAAUUAUAUCCACAAUAACACCGUAUUUCUCACUUUCAACAUAUUUCUUAGCGACCAUGUCAAGUGACUGAUGGUAGCUUCCCUGUGUACCACAUACUCAUCAUACACAGCAUGCCUCCAGCCUCCUGGAGCACCUGCAAGAGCCUUGGGACUGCUUUUACUGUAAAAUGAGUUUCUAGUUCACCAUAGUGAACUUGGAGGAAAUGCAGGGCAGAGCUUGAGGAAGGGUACGAUAAAAUAGGUCAUCUCUGGCUAAGUCUGUUUGAGUGAUUCCUAGGGUCCUCUCUAAGAGCUUGCCUUUCGCUUUUAGGGGACAUGCACCCACUCUCCCCUUCACCAGAGCCACACAUGCGUCGAAGUCCAAAGGCAGAGCUCUGAGUUCCCAGAGAGAGGGGACUGGCAGAUGAAAUUGGGGAGGUGGAAGGGUAUGCAGGCAGCAGCGCAGAACGACUGCCAAGAAUUUCCUGAACUCUAAGAUGCAUGCUAGCAUACUUGGUGAUGAAAAUGAAUUCAGGGAUAGGAGGAACACAUAAGAGUCAGUCUCAAGUAAAACAAAAUACAAGAGGGUCAGAGAAUAAGAAUCACAUUGGGAGCUUGGAGAGAUAAGAGAAGAAAGGGUGCUUUGGGAAAUGGAAAAGCAGCUUUGAAACGCCCACCGCUGGAGGCAGGCCUGGGAUUCCUGGGAAGGUUGCAUACAUCCUGAAGCCACAGGGAACUGUGUCUCCUGGGCUGGUAGUCAAGAUCUUCUGGGGGCCCUAAGAAGCCACUCUCCCUGUAUGUGCAGCUUAGAAUUGUCUUGUGCAAAGGUAGCACUAUCUUUGUCCUGUGAUGUCUCUGCACCAAGCCCUUUGUACUCUCUUCCUUACAAAAAUAAAUAAAAAUAUUAACAUUCAUUAU